AUGGCUGUUCAGGAUUCCGCAGCAAGAAAAAGGCUAAUAAAAGAAUACACAAAUAUGCAAGAAAAAAAGAAGAAUUCAGACAAUAAUGAUAGUACAUUAAAAUACAUUCAUAUAGAACCUGUUUUAAAUGGUGAUCUUUUUACCUGGGAAGCUAUUCUUACAGCACCAGAGUGGUCAGUUUACAGUGGUGGGAAAUUUAAAUUGCACAUUAACUUUCCUCCAGAUUACCCUUUUAAGGCACCAAAGAUAACAUUUUUAAGUCCUAUUUAUCAUCCCAAUAUAAAUUCAAAAGGAGCUAUUUGUAUUGAUAUUUUAGGUGAUGGAUGGUCUCCUGCUCUUACAAUUGAUAAAGUUUUAGUGUCUCUUCUUAGUUGGUUAGAUGAACCGAAUCCAGAUGAUCCUUUGCGCAAUGAAGUGGCUGACACUUACAAAAAUGAUUUUGAAGAAUACAAAAAAAGAUGUAAAGAAAGUGUUAAGAAAAUGAUGAAUGACAAAAAUCUAUAA